UAUGUAAGCUCAAUCAACAUAGUCUUCUAUUACUAUCAAUGCAGGACCCAGAGAUCCAUAAUGGAUUGAUAGACUCAAAGAAGAAUAUGCUGCUUUGAUCAAUUACAUAAAAAAUAAUAAAAGUGAAGAUAAUGAUUGGGUUAAAUUGGAACCAGCAAAUAAAGAAUGCACAAAGUAAUUAAAAUUAUUAAUUAUUUAAUAGUUGGAAAGGUAAAUGUUGGGUUAUCCAUAAUUUGAUUAGAUAUGAAUUUGAUUUUUAAUUUGAAGUAAAACAAAACACUAUUAUUUAGAUACCACCUACAUAUCCAUUAGCACCAAUUGAAAUCGAAAUCCCAUCAUUAGAUGGUUUGACACCUAAGAUGUAUAGAGGAGGCAAGAUCUGUAUUGAUAUUCAUUUUGCUCCUUUAUGGUAAAAAAACGCACCUAAAUUUGGAAUUGUCCAUGCUCUAUAAUUAGCUGUAUAAAAAGUUAAUUAUUAAAUAGUUGGCACCUUGGUUAGCAGCUGAAGUUCCUGUAUUGAUUGAAGAAGGUAAAAUUAAAAAGGAUUGA